AUGGUGUACCCCCUGGAUCAGGCUAUUGGCCUCUUUGUGGCCAUCUUCCACAAGUACUUGGGCAGGGAAGGCGACAAGAACACCCUGAGCAAGAAGGACUUGAAGUUGCUGAUCCAGAAAGAGUUCACCAUUGGCCCAAAGGUGCAGGAUACUGAAAUUGCAAAGCUCAUGGAUGACCUGGACUGGAACAAGGACCAGGUGGUAAACUUCCAGGAUUAUGUCACCCUGAUUUUCAUCUACAAUGAUGCCCUUAAGGGCUGA